AUGUCCAUCCUCCGCCUGUUCGUGCUGUCUGCGCUUCUGUCUUGCGCGUCAGCGCUCCCGCAGCGCACCAACAAGCGCCGCCGCGAGUACAACAAAAUGUACAAGUCGGAGAUGAAAACCGCCAUCAAGCGGGUGUUUGAGGCGGUGGACGGCGGCGACUACCAGGACGCCUCCUCGCGGCUCAACCGCGCUCAGGCCAUCAUUGACAAGAAUGUCAAGCGGAACAUCUUGCACAAGAACACCGCCGCGCGCCGCAAGUCCCUCCUUACCCGCAAGGUCAAGGGGCUCGAGCCCGGCGCGCCCGCGGCCGCGGCGGCGCCAGCGGCGGCUCCGGCAGAGUGAGCAAUAGCAGCAGCCCCUUCUCAGUAUUGCAUCAUUACGCGCAGCCGGGCCCAGCAAGGGGAGCGGGCGGGGCGUUCGUCGUUCGUGCUCCACGUGGGCGCGACGCUUCGCGACGGGCGGCGCCUAGCCCUGGCGGGGUCGCAGUCGCCGCGGCCAGUAUGUAGAGUGUUGCGCCGUCUUUUCUCUCUUCUUGUUGUGUGAGUCGCGCCUGUUUUCUUGCUUUGCGCCCGCAACCGUCAAA